UGCGACUUGACCUGGGGGCCUACCGCGAAAACCGAAAUUCGCAAAUUGCGGGGAUCUUUCUCUUUUACUCUCACUAACACGUAAUUAGAGUGACAGAGAAAAAUGCCCGCAAUUGACGAAUUUCGAUUUUCCCGGUAGGCCCCCAGGUCAAGUCGCAAUUCGGUACGCCCGUCUGUUACAGCUGACGUUAGUUAGUAUAUUUCUUUAUCGCUCUUACUUAUGAUCGAAGAGGCCUCGGACCGGCCAAGAUCGCAGUCCGGUACGCCCGUCUGUCAAACCCUCUUUAAUGCCUGAUAUAUCAGGCAUAUAUAAACGGUGGAAUAUCGCUUUCUCCCUCGAACGCAUAAUUGCGUCCCUGACUAGUGAUGGUUAAGACUCGAGUACCUUGAGUCCUGUGUUUUGACACUCGACUCAGUUUUUCAGACUCACAUAUUAAGUGACAGGAGUUGUACGCGUCCAUAGGCAGCGUUGACUGCUUACCAACAGGCGGGCCGUAUGCUUGUUUAAAAAAAAUACUAAACUCGAGUUCUUUUCAACUUGUUAGACUCGAGUUUUUUGUAGGGACUUGAGUCCUUUUCAGAGAGCUCUCAAUUUUUUUGUUUGCAAAAUUUGAAAUACUUUGUUUUUGUGUAAUAUUCGUGGAUUAGGCACACAAAUUGUACAAUAACGCAUAAUUUCUUUACUUUUAUUUAGGUUAAACCUAUGAAAUUGUUGACGGAGUCUUUAUUCAGAGACUCGAGUCCUUUUGAGUUCUCUUAAAAAAGACUCAAAAAAUGACUCGCCUCGGGACUUAAAAUCCUCGGAAGUUUUUUAAGAGCUGAGUUUCGUAAAAACGAGUCGAGUUCUUCAAAUUCAGACUCAAAAGACUCGAGUUCCUAUCAACACUAUCCCUGACGCUUGGCAUGUCUCGGCAUAUUUUUCCAUAGGUAAUAUUUUUUGAUGUCAGUUUAUCAAUGUCGGCUGUCACUCCAUACUUGUCAUUUACGCUGAAUUCUGAAUUCCUCUCGUGUCAUGUAUCUUCACUGCUGAUUUACCGCCAAAUUGUAAAAAAAAAACCACACGCGUGUUCUGAUCUGCCAAAUAAAAAUAAAAUCAUGAAUUCUCCAAGUGCGAGAUCUCACAUGAAUUCUCCAAGUUCGAGAUCUCCCUCAUAUCGGCAUAUUGCUUUAAAGCACAAACAUUCUCCAAUUGAACUCAAAGAAAAGAUGAGGAAGACUUAUAAAGAUAAAGUUCAAAAUUGUCGAAAUAUGCUUCUGAACAGGCUUCGUGGCACUGAAACGGAUUUACGGGAAACAUUGACUGAUAUCUAUAAAAGUAUGUUUAACUUUUCUGCGGAAACAACAAUUACUGAUGAAGAAAAUGAAAUUAUGGACGAAAUAAGGAAUGAACUGGUUCAGGAGGAAUUACAGUGGUGGCUUGAAGAACACGAAAAAUCACAUGCUGAAAAUGUGGACUGGUCUACAAUAGAACAGGAAGAUAAUGUAAUAUGUCCAGUGUGUCAAAAACAUAACUUAAAACUUGAUUUCGGUACUUUGACUUGUUUGCAAUGCAAAUGUAAUAUUCAAACUCAAAAGUCUUUAGUAGAAAUUAAGAAAUCCCUGAACAAUUGUAUUGAAGCACAUAGUGCUUUAUGCAAUAAUCAAGUUAUUUUUACUACUGUUUCUGAAGUGAAUGAGAGUCAUAUUUACCUAAUUUGUGACAGCUGUAUGGAAAUGCGGCUAGUGGUAUAAAAAUAAAUGUAUAACUCUUAUACAAAAAUUAAUGCACACACUUAUUGACAAAGUGGAACAGUAUUAUAGUCUGUUUGGAAAGGGAUCUGUCGACGACUGUUGGCUUUCCUCACAGACUCUAUAGAUCAUUGACAAAUUUUUCUUACUUUGGCCACAUAUGGUGUUGAUUAUUAGAAUAAUCAUCUACUAAGAUUUUUCCACAGGCAACAAUAUAAGUUAAGAUUAAUAUUAUUGUCUUGUAUGUUGAACCACAUGGUUACUGGUUAACUGUGAAGCCUUAAUCUUGGCAUGGACAGCCAAAUUUCUUUAAUAUCAUAAAUUAUUGUAUGUUUCAUAUUGGUGUUUAUAUUCAUUGCUUGAUUAGGUAACUUUUGCAUGUGACCAUCCUGUUGAUUUAUCUUUAAAUUGUUAGAAACCAUUUGAGGGUCGUGGCUACAUUGUUAUGAAUUUGAUUAAUAUUUGUGAUAUAUCUUUAAGAGAAUUGACUUCUUAAGUAUUUUCUUUUGAAUUUGUUAUUUAUCCUAACAGGUUUUAUGAUAAAAUGAUUCGUAAUAAAAUUCCAAUUACAAAAUAAAAAAU